CCCAUCCCUCUCCCAUCCUCUGGCCCCUCCCUCUUCCUCUCCCAUCCUCUGGCCCCUCCCUCUUCCUCUCCCACCCCGCUAUCCCCCCCCCCCUGCUGGACAGCGCACACCACCCCUGGCGCGCCAUGCGCAUCCCGCCGGGGCUCCUGCCCGGCAUGGCCGACGGCCGGUACAACAAUGCCCACCUAAAGACGGUUCUCAGUGGCCGGCCACAGAGCUGCGUCGUCCGGCGUGUCGAGGGGCAGUCCAGUCGCCCGGCGGCGGAUUACGCCCUGGGCCUGCUGCAGCGCCUGGUCGAGGACACGAAGCGCGUGUUGGAAUUGCGCGGCUGGCAUGUGGGCCUGCUGAAGGAGUUCUACCCGAAGAACCCGCAGCUCCUGGGGAUGAACGUCAACUACGGUCAGACGAUCCUCAUUCGCCUGCGGCUCCCCGGCCGGGACAGUGCCUUCCUGGACUACGAGGACAUCCUGGAGACCAUGCUCCACGAGCUCGCACACAAUGACAUCGGCAAGCAUGACGAAAGCUUCUUCGCUCUGUUGGAGGAGCUGCGCUUCGAGUGUGCCGCCGCCCGCGGGACGCUCGGCUUCUCGGUGGUCGCUCCGCGCGGCCGCGACCCCGGCACCCUGACGCCGGUGAGUCGACUGCUGUCGGGCAGCGGCGCGGCCGGCGGGCCUGGCGCCGCACAUGCUGACGCGCCGGCGGCCGGCCCGGCCCGCGGGGUGCGUCUUGGUGCCACAUCCAAGGCACGCCCGACGCCUGGGGGUCUGUCGGCCCGGCAGAUGGCCGCGGCCGCCGCGCUACGGCGCUUUGCCGCGACCACCGGGUCGGCGCCCUCCGGCCGCCGGCUGGGCGGCCCUGCCAGCGAGGCGCAUGCACGCUCGCCGGCCAUGGCCGCGGCCGCGGCCGCGGCCCGUGCCCGCUAUGGCCCACCGAUCGGCGUGCCGGCCCCGGCCGAGGCGGAAUGCUGCUCGGCCGACCGCCAGGCCGAGGCCCUGGGCGGCAUCAGCCUGCCGGAUCUAUGCGCCCUCAUUGACCUGACGCAGGAGGAGGCCGACGACCAGCCGGCCGGGCGAGACCCCCCCAGGCAGCCGGACUGCCGGGUCGAAAUGGCCGCGGACCCUGUGCCGGUGGGCCUGGUCGUGUGUCUACUCUCUGACGAGGAGGAUUCCCGGUCGUCGCGCUGAGGUGCAGCGUCCCCGUGGCGUGUGUCAUGAAAAGCUGAAAAGAAAAAUAUAGCCAAAAAAGUAACCAA